AUGCCGCAGCCCCGGAAAAACCUAGUGCAAAUAGCACCCCAUCUUCUAGGCCUCCUUCGUCUCGAGGCCUCCUGCAGCCGCCAAGACCGGAAAGUGGACUGCGAAGCCUCGCGGCCCCUCAUUGGUGACAAGUGUGACAACACUGUCCCAAUCCUGCGGCUGAGCACCAGCCUCAGGACUCCGCCCGACCUUUCGAGAGGCGCGGGUGCAACCGGCUUCUGUCCGGGUCCUCCGCCGGCCCCUCCUCCGCGCCCGGGGCUGGCGGCUGGGUCCCGGCGGGGCGCGAACGCGCGGGCGCCCCCUGCAGGCCAGCGCCGGAGGAGCCCGCGCGCCGCCCCGGGUCGUGCCAGGCUGCCUGGGUUCUCCGCGCCGCCCACGUCCUGGCCCAGCCAGCGCGCACACGCACCCCGCGCCGCGUGCUUUUCCAAAGGCGACCUCCCAGCGGCGGAGGAGUGGCGGGCGGGGGCUGAGGGCAUAGAGGCUGGCGCAGUGAGGGAUGCAGCGGCGUCACCCCUUCACGGCCCCUGCCCACCCCAGGUCGGCCGCUCCGCUCCCGCUUCCUUUCCGGUCCGCGCCGUGCAGCCCCCGCUGGUGCCGGCGGCUGCGCGCCUUGUUCCCCGCCCGCGGGCUCCGGAGCUCGAAGAGCCGCACUGUGCGCUCGGCGGGGCUGGGCCGCCUCACCUCGUUCAAGCGCGCCUCUGUAGGGCCGCUUCCUGGGCAGUCUGGCGAGGAGAGCGGCUUGGAGCAGUGUGCGUGUGCGAGUGUGGGCGAGGGCGGGUGUGCGGGGCUGUCAGUUAUCUCUCAUUAGAAAAGAAGAAAGCAGACUAGCAGAAGAAAACUUGGGCCAAAUGACGUUCCUCCUCCUGCAAACAUUAACCAGUCCCGUCCGGUCUGUUCAACUCUCAAGGGAAAAACAGGACAGAGAGAAUCAGAAAAAGACAGAAUGUUUCAAAGACUGAUGUCUCAUCGGUGGUGUCUAAAUAUUAGUACGAGCUUUAGUGACAAAAAU